GGGGUCAGUUUGACGGAAGUGGGUCUGGGUGGCCAGGUCUGUUUUGUUGAGGGAGGUUCGGGGAUUAUUUUACUUUCUCCACCCCCCACAAAGAGGGGGAGAAAAUUCUCCCGUUCUGGGUGUCCCGCUAGUUUCUCAAUGUAUUUUUAUCUUGAGUUUUUGUUUUGUUUAAAGUUUAUUUUUAACUCGGGUGAGCAGAUCUGUGGGGUUUAACAUAUGAGCGUUUCACUUGUGGCCGUACGUCUGGAGCUGGCGAACCACUCGCACCAUCCGGAGGGUUUCGAGUAUUGCGCUGUAACUAUGGCAGACGAUGAAAGUAAAGAGAAGAAAUCGCUCAGUUCAGCAAAGCUCUUGCUGGAGGGUAAAACAACUGGAGAAAAAUCCACUAUCUUGCAUCAACACAUUGGUCGUAGAGAGAUGAGAGACAUGGUAAUUGAAACUAUAACCUCCAGCAAAGACAAAGAUACUGUGGAUUGUGUACUGAAAUCAGAGCAAAAGACCAGUUGUGGCACCAACCCUCUGGAAAAAGCAAGUACUGCUGAUCCAAAUGAAAACAAUAAAGUGUGCAAAGAUCAGAGUGGUAAUGCACCAGACUCGCCAUCCAAACAGCUGCCUGACCAAAUUUCUUUCUUUAGUGGGAAUUCAUCAGUUGAAGUAGUACAUGGAAUCAUGCAUCUCUACAAAACUGACAAGAUGACAUCCUUAAAAGAAGACGUGAGACGAAGUGCCAUGUUGUGUAUCCUUACUGUCCCUGCCACCAUGACUAGCCACGAUCUUAUGAGAUUUGUUGCACCAUUUGAUGAUUCAAUUGAGCACAUGAAAAUAAUAAGGGAUUCAACCCCAAACCAAUAUAUGGUUCUUGUCAAAUUCUGUUCACAGGCGGAAGCAGACAGCUUUUAUACUGCCUGUAAUGGUCGGCAAUUUAAUUCAAUUGAGGAUGACGUUUGCCAGCUGGUAUAUGUGGAAAGGGCUGAGGUCAUCAAAUCUGAGGAUGGAGCCAGUCUUCCUGUAAUGGGUGUAACUGAGUUACCACCAUGCAUUGUGUGCCUUGAAAGAAUGGACGAGUCUGUAAAUGGUGUUCUAACAAUUCUCUGUAAUCAUAGCUUUCAUAGUCAUUGCUUGCAACACUGGGAGGAUACAACGUGCCCAGUUUGCAGGUACUGUCAGACCCCAGAACCAGUUGAAGAAAACAAAUGUUUUGAGUGUGGAGUUCAGGAGAACCUGUGGAUUUGUUUGAUAUGUGGACACAUAGGAUGUGGCCGAUAUGUCAGUCGUCAUGCAUAUAAACACUUUGAAGAAACACAACACACGUAUGCCAUGCAGCUCACUAAUCACAGAGUUUGGGACUAUGCAGGAGAUAACUAUGUUCAUCGUUUGGUGGCCAGUAAAACGGAUGGAAAGAUUGUCCAGUAUGAGUGCGAGGGUGACACUUGUCAAGAUGAAAAGAUUGAUGCCCUUCAAUUAGAAGCUCUCAUUGUGGAAUAUCCUGACUGCGCACUUCUACGUAACUUUUUUGGUCUUGUGGAAAGCGUACCUACAUUUCUUACAUUCAGAUACUGCUGUCCUUGCCUACACCCAGAGUAAAGCGAGAUGCGACAUGGUGAAGCUAUUUUUGGUCACGCUGCAAUGCCACUGAAAUUUAGUUGGAUGUGAAUUUUUUUUCUGCACCAAAGUAUUUGUUUAUUUAAAUGACAUGUGCUGAAACCUUAUACCUAUAGAUUUGUUCCUGUGGGUUAUUUAUUACUGUUUGAGUGAGCAUUGCCUAUUAGUAACUGAACCACCAGAUGGACCAGUUUGUGAAUUCUUUUAUGGUUUGGUGUAAGCACAUUGUUAAUAAACUGAUGUGGCAUGGUGUUUCACAUUGAGUAUGCUUUGGUUCAGCCCAUCCACCUCUCCCAAUGGAAGAAAAUUGAAUAAAAUGCAAAAAUGAAAUAGCUUCCUUUAAAGUUUAACUCAUUUAUAGAAGUAAAUAGAUGCUCCGCUAGUUAAUAACUUGGAUCUUACGUGCCGUUGUAAAUGUUGCAGUUUUGCUGCUACCGAGAAGUUUUGGAAAUUCCCAGUUUUGAUAAAGCCAGUACAAGUGGCCUCUCCUUCCUUCCCUGUCACUGAUAGUGGAAGCAUUGAAAGUUAAGACAGAAUGAGCAAGGAUGUUAGUUGCCAGUAAUCUGUUCUGCUGAGAUUCUCCUGCUGUCAUGUUCUGGCAUACAGUAAUUUCUCUCAAAUGAACUGGCUUUUCUGGAGUUUGUAAAAGACUCAGGCCAAAUAAACUGCAUGUUAAACAAUCAGUAUGAAGUUUGUUUUGAGCUAACAUGCUGUUGCGUGUAUGUAAACAGCCCAGCUGAAAUACAGAGCUGUCUGUGUCAAAUCUUAAAUGUACCAAGGGAUGCUUUUGACUAGAUCAGUUUCAUUAGUUAAUAUUAAUUGGUGCCUGUUUGUGGAUAUUGGAAAGCAUAACUGGUUUCUUAAAAUAAGUAGUACACUUGAGAAAAGUUCAAUUCGUUUUCAUAAAUCAAUAUAGAUACCUGUCCAAAAUCUGUUCUAAACUGAUCAAGAUGAGCCAUCAAAUGUCAAAGCCUUCUCAAAGAAAAUUUUCAUGAAUGUGUCAGGG